UCACUUUCCAAAUUUUGUUACCAUUCCAAUUUCUAUGGCGGAUUAAAUUAGGAAAAUAGAAAUCACAGCAAAACAAUUUAUAAAUAUUAAAAAGAAUUCAGCAAACAUAAACAUGUCGACAGUCGUGUCUGACUGCUUCACAAUCGGCAGUAUAGUGGCUACCAGAACGUGUUACAAUGAACAUAUCGAAGGAGAAGUGCUUGCAUUUGACCCACAAACUAAAAUGCUUAUUUUAAAAUGUCCAUCAUCGAGUGGUAAUCCUAAGCGCCACGAUGUUAAUGUCGUAAAUUUAUCGCUCGUUAGCGAUGUUCAGGUAAAAAAGGAAGUGCCUACUACUACAGUGCCCGACCCACCACCGUCGCUGAAUCUUCAUAGGUUAAACACAAGAGUUCGAAACGCGAUAGAAAAUAAACGAAGGCUGGUAUCUGCUCUAUCAGCAUGUCUAGAUCCUGAAGGUCAGCGUCUCUUUAUGGCCAUUGCUAGAGUUAUAGAGGAUGUGUCAUGGUCAGGCCAGAGUAUCAGAGUCUACAAUCAAGUCACCAUCACACCCCCAUAUAAAGUAGACAAUGUGAUAGGUGAAACAGAUUCCAAAUCAUACAAUUACAUAAGAAAAUUUGUGGAACGUCACUGGCGCGAACAACAAGCGCGUACAGACCCCACAGUCCCCACAGUCAACCAAUAAUCUAGUAAUAUCUGGAAUAUUUUGACAGUUUUAUACAAAUAUAAAAAACAGAUCUAAUUUUAAUAUUUUAUAACAAACAUUUAGGUCAUAAUUCAUCAUGUAAAUGAUAUAAUACAUUCUUUUUUUGAAGAUAUGUCACAUGAAAAAUUUUAGUCGCUUUGAACAUCUAGAUCAAAAUAUUGUUCUUGGUGUUUAGUACUUCAUUUUAGCUUGUAUGAACCAAACAUAAUAUUUAUGUUUUUUAAUUGAUUUACGGUUUUUAUUAUGAAGCCUAAGUUUCAAAUAUUAAUGUAAUAUGGUUUCUGAAUUGAACCUCCAAAAGUUUUAUUUCACAUUACACACAUCAUACUGUUUCUUUUCUUUAAUAAAAUUUAAAGAAAAUAAUUGUGUAAAACUGUCGGAACUGUAUCUUUUGUAACUUUAAGAAAGCAAAAAAUUGCAAAUGAAUAGAUGAAUGUAACAUGCUAAUCUCAUUGUAGUUUUUAUAGUUACAAAAGACUUAUUUUCCAAAGAUGUUUUACGGAACAAAUCAAAAUUUUGUUUAUAUGUUUUGUAAAAACCUUUGACUUGCUAAGUCGUAGAGCAGUUCACAAAAAUAUUUUAAUUAAUCUUAAAUUAUUUUUACUAUUUAUUGGAUAAAUGAUUAUAAAAACAUAAGUUACAGAAUAACCCAGUUAUAUUAUUUUACAGAGAUUUUUUUAUAGAGAUGGUAGUCAUAUGUAUUGUGCAUUAAUGAAAGUUUAUCUAAUUAUUAUUAGAUUCGAGUUAAUGGAUUCACCGCGACUUAGCAAGAGAUAGGCCGUAAUUGGGAUAUUUCGUUUAAAUAUACAAUGUUAUUUUACAUCGAGUUCUGGCGACGGUAGUAUCAAAAAAUGUACGCAAAAAUAAAUUUAAUUUAAAACUUCUAUCUUAUAUAUAAGUUCCGUGAAAUGUUAAACACAAAUAAAUGUAAAUA